AUGGCUGAUCCCACAGCAGAAGACCACGCAUCCCAAGUGAGCGAACUCUGCUGCGAGUGCGGUCAGUUCCACCUCUUGCUGGACAAUCAUCUCUACAACUUCCAGGAUGAAGUGGACGACGAACUCAUCUGUCACAUCUGCCUUCAGCCUCUGCUCCAACCUAUGGACACCCCCUGUGGACACACGUACUGUUUCAAGUGCCUUGAAAACUUCAUGCAGGAGUACAACUUUUGUCCUAUGGAUCGGAAAAAGCUCUCUUUCCAGCAGUGCCACAAGUCCAGCCUUCUGGUACGAAACCUCUUGGACAAGCUGAUUGUCUUCUGUCCUUUCAAGGCAGAGUGUCAGCAGACAAUGCAGCGCUGUGAACUGGAAGCUCAUCUGCAGAACAGGUGUCCUGGUUUCAAGAAAUACAAAUCUGAACUACAGCAGAAAAGGAAUCCUAUUUCCAAAGGGAAGGAAGAUACUCCUACCAAGGUGGAGACAAACAUGCCCAGGGAUCUGGAGGUACCAAGUGGAGGAUCGGCACUUGUGGCAGAAAGCUCUGCAGCUGCUGUGGUAUCGCUCGGGACUGCGGAGCCUGGCCUGGUUAAUCCAGCUUUUGAGGAGACUGAAGAAGACCUUCCUCAGAGAACCAGUCUUGUGGCUGAAACAACCACCAUUGAAAUUCACCGAGAAGACCCGGAGGAGGAGCUGGGGAUGAGGAUAGUUGGGGGCAAAGAUACCCCUCUAGGAAACAUUGUUGUUCAGGAAGUCUUGCGGGAUUCUGUCAUUGCUACAGAUGGAAGAAUAGCACCUGGGGACCAUAUUCUUGAGGUGAAUGGCGUCAACAUCAGCAGCGUGACUCACUGCCAAGCUGUCUCCUUCCUGCGCCACCCAGGUCCUGUUCUCCACCUCAUGGUCCUGCAGGAGAAGGGAUUUUCCAACAAGACUGCACAGCAGGAUUCCACUUCUGCCACAAAUCGGGAAGUGAUCCACGUUACCUUGAUAAAGAGAGACCGAUCCGAACCCUUGGGAAUCAAACUGAUCAGGAAGACGGAUGAGGCAGGGAUUUUUAUUCUAGAUCUGUUAGAGGGAGGUUUAGCAGCCAAAAAUGGAAAGCUGAGUCGGAAUGACAGAGUCCUGUCAAUAAAUGGCCAGGAUUUGAGGCAAGGAACACCUGAGGCUGCUGCACAGAUAAUCCAGACCACUGAAUCAAGAGUGAACUUUGUUGUCUUGAGGCAGCCAGGAAUGCAGCUCUCGGACCCGGUAGAAGAUGGGAGCACAUCUAAUAACAGCAGCAGCAGCAGCAGCAGCAGCAGUAGCAGCAAUGGAGGAAGCCCUGUGCACCAUCGAAGACGACUAGACCAGAACCACUACAGACGAAAAUCUUACUACCAGAAGGAUUUACCUCAGGGAUACAUGUGUCAUGAAAAGACAGUUGCAAUAAAAAAGGAACCAAAGGAAUCUUUAGGAAUAACGAUUGGAGGUGGAAGGGAUAACAAAAACAAGCUCCCUAUAUAUGUAACAAGCGUGCAGCCCAUCGGAUGCCUCUUCAGGGAUGGCAGAAUCAAGCGAGGAGAUGUGCUUUUGAGCAUAAAUGGCAUUGAUUUGACUCAUCUGAACUACUACGAAGCUGUCUCAGCACUGAAAUCUAAUGCGGCUUCCCACUCAGUCGUACUGAAAGCCUUGGAAAUCAUUCCAUUAAACUCAACAGAGCCAUCUCAGGAAAUCAAGGAGCAAGGAUUUGGCUGGUCUCCCCUCUGGAUCACAUGGCUCGGAUUGCCUAGCUACCUUCACUGCUGUCAAGAUAUUGUCCUGAGUAAAGGUAACCUGGAAAGCUGGGGCUUCAGCAUCGUUGGAGGCUUUGAGGAGAGCAAAGGAAAUCAGCCUUUCUUCAUCAAAACCAUAGUGCCUGGGACUCCUGCCUUCCGAGACAGGAAACUGAAGUGUGGAGAUGAAAUAGUGGCAGUGAAUGGAGUGCCAGCGAUAGGAAUGAGCAACUCGGAACUCAUCCCAAUGCUGAAGGAGCAAAGGAACAAAGUGACACUGACUGUGGUGUCCUGGCCAGGAAGCCUUGUCUGA